GCGGAGUGCCGCGCGGAGAAGAGAGGAGAGAGGAGACAGACAAACCACGGGCUGCUCACCCCACCGCUCCUCCUCGCCUCUCUUCACGGUUGUUUUCCGGCAGGACUUUACCGCUCUUCAUCGUUCAGGCUUCGGAUCCGCCCGUCUGCAAUUGGAUUGAACUAACAUUGAACGAACCGGCCGACUGCUGCUUUUUUUUAAACAGCCAGCAGCGACAUUUCCGGGAUUCUGCUCUGGGUCUGAUGCUCGGUGUCUCUGCAGCUCUACAGACUAAGUGUCUCCAUGGUGAAGUGGGCGGAGUCUGAUGUCAGCCCCACCUCUUGUUGACCCUCCCACCAUGCCCACCAUGGUCUCCAGGCUGCCGACGUUCGGCUCACGACCCCGGUCACAGACGGCUCCAGCGGCUAGCCUGACCGGCGGAACUGCGGCCGCCGCGGGCAGAACCCGUCUCACCAACGGCUUCUACCAUCACCCCGGACCUGCAGGGGCCGCCGUGCCGCCGUCAUCCGCCAAGCAGAACGGAUUCAUCCGGGUGCCGUGUUCGUUUUCCGCUAAGUGGAGGAAGGAAAACGCGGCUGAUGGCGAUGAAACGACAGACGGAGAGUGCAAGAGAGGGAAAGGUGAGAACGUUGUGCAGAAUCGCAGCACCUUUCAGCUGUAUUUCUACCCACGGCAGAAUGGAGCCGUCCAGUCACAGCAUGAUGGCAAAAAGACUGCAUCCUCCUCAGCGAAAGGGUGCGGCCAGCUCACCUCAUCGUCGUCGUCGUCAUCAUCACCAUCUCCACAGUCCAGCCACAGAGCUUUUCCUGCUUCUAAAACCGGAUCUCGAGGCUCCAAACUGAAUCCGACCUCCUCAGAACUGUCCAACGACACAAAGCAAAUCCUAAAAACAAGUCAAGGGUCUAAAGCCGGGACGAAGGCGAACGGUUCUCUGAGACAGCCUCAGAGUUUCACGCGUCUGGCAGGUGCAAGGCCCGGUUCUGGUCCUGGGUCUCGAUCUGGUUCCCCACUGCUUAAGAAAGCAGCUGCCAGCCGCUCCCAUUCUAGCGAUAACCUCGGGGGCUCUGCUUCCCUGCGGCUGACUGAAAGCGACCGCUUCCGGUCCCGGAGCCUCACCCAGGUCAGACAGCAGGCCUCUCCCACCCUCACCCGGACCUGCAUCUCUCCCAGCACGACCCGCUCCUACUCCACCAACAGGGCUGCCCAACAGGGACCCUCCACCUCAAAGGUUCCUCCAAGAGCCAGCCUGUUGAAAUCCCCUGUGAGCAGAACUGCUUCGGGGAGGCUGGGGGCUGGAGCCCCUUCCAAGCUACCACCGGCAGCCCUGAAGAAGCCGCUUCUACCUAGUCCGACCUCCAGAACCAGCGGUAUCAGCUAUAAACUGUCCCGCCCAUCACUCAUAAAGCAGUCCCACCCUCUUCGAGUGACAGCAACCAACAUGUGGAAAGGUGAACAGGAAGUAAACGGAGGACCAAUCAAACGAAAGAACUCGGUCGAGACGCCUUCAUCUACCGAGAACAGCCCAGAAAACACUCCAGAGGCUCCGGAGGUGGAGCAGCUUUCGGACGACCUUGUGCCCCAUGGAAGGGGAUCGAUUGUCGGUGAGACGCUGGAGGACAUGUCCCUGUCCUCCACUUCCUCCCUGGACAGAAAUGACAUCAGUCAGGAGUACAUGGAUGACUUUGACAACCUCGGAAACGGGGGAGUUGGCAUCUUACUGUUCUCAUCCAAAAACGAGGAGGAUGACUCAGGACUCGACCAGUCAUGCACCAGGCUGGACGAUGACAAGGAUGCAUUAAGCAAGGUCACCAAGACAACAGGACUGUGCUUCCUGGAUGAUGGUCUUGACUGGACUGCCUUCAGUGGUGAUAAAGAAGAGCUCCGACUUAAUCAACUCGCCCGUCGGAGAAAGUCAAGUCAGCCUGAGUAUCACGAACAGGGCGGUUCUUCUCUGGACCUGUCCCCCUCUGAUAGCUGUGGCUCUGGGGGGACCUACAUGUGGGACGAGGAAGGUCUGGAGCCUCUGGGGGGCGCCACCACCACCGCCUCCAUCCACACCAACAGCAACACCACCCACCACAUCGGGAGCUUCGACUCCGACCUCAACAGCAUCGAUCUCUUAAACAACCUGGACUCAUGUGAUCUGGCUGACGAUGACCUCAUGCUGGAUGCAGACUUCCCGGAGGACUCCUCGCUGCACAGCGAUGGAGAGGGGCUGUCCAGCAUGGCUCAGUGGAGGAGGAGACAGCUCUGCUGGGGAACACAGGACAACGACACCGAGAGCGAUGUCCUGUGCUACAAACUCUCUCAGGAUCCUGAAAGCAAGGAGGAGAAAAUCAGGUCAGCCUGCUGCUCCCCUGCUGCUCAGACUCUGGGUCUGGAUGUGGAGGAACUCGCGGAGGACUGCUCUGCAGUCAGGUCACAGCUGGAGUUCCUGCACAGGUUAUUGCUGCAGGAGGAGGACUUGGACGACGACACGCUGACCACGGACACUCUGAGCCCAGACCCAAACGACUCGUCCCACAGUUCCGACUCACAGGUACAGGCGCUCCUGCUGGAGGUACAGCAGCUCCGCGAGGAGCUGAGGAGCCGAGACUGGACCAUCGCACAGCUAACCAUGCAACUGACUGUUCCCACACUGACCACUAGGUGUCGCUGUCAGGAGACGCCUGAAAGGAUGGAGCAGCAAACUCAGACCAGUGUGACAAAAAGCGAGUGUGUGGCCUCGCAGACGCCUUGGAGAGAACACGCUCCACAGGUACUUCACCCCUCCCGCCAGGAGGACCAGGAACCACUGACAAAACAAGCGCCGCCCUCAGGUAACUCCGCCCCCCCUGAAAUGCUCGCUAAUAGACCCCCCGCCACCUUUAAACCCAUCGCCCCUACCUGCGCAACCCCAGGAGCAACAGAUGAUGGGACACCACCGAGGAAGCCGGAGGAGGAGGAGACUGACAGGAGAGGAGCAGUCAGCAGAUCCCUGAUGCCCCAGCUGCCUUCCAAGCUCCGCCUCUUCCCGUCUCGCGCCAACAGCUCCGCCCCCACAUCCCCGAAGAAAAGGUCGUCGAGGCAGCCAUCAGAUGGCAUCAGCUCUCCGGGGCCGAAGCUCAAAGCCUCCAGCUCCGCAUCCUCCCGUCUCCCCAAACCAAAGAGCCACUGUGGUGGCGGGCAAUCUGCGGCGCCGCCCAUCAAACACACCGACUGACUGACGGACCCGGACCCUCUCUCUGUCUGCGCCCGUCCCCGAUCCUCAGCUUAUUUAAUGCUACCAUUCUAAGCUACAGUCCUCUGUAGGUCAGAAGCUUCCAUUUAGAAAAAGCACUACGUCAGGAAGACUGGCGCCCCGCUCGUAGAAGACAUUACGGUUUAAAACAAACCACGGAUUUGUGCCUUUUUGAUUUGGAACACUCUACCGCCUCCAUGUCGCGUCACUGUGGGAUUGCUUGAACUGAACGUUAUUUAAAGUCAAAACUGAAAUGUUUCACACACUGCUGCUUACGUUUUAACCUUUUACGGUCCACUGACGUUUCACUGGGUUUCAGACUGACUCCGCCCACCGUCUGUGACAGCAGAAGGUACUCUGUUUCAUUGAAGUGAAGAAACCACACGCAGCUCUCUGCAUUAUAAUCACUGUAUUCCUGGGCAGCACUGGAGUUAUUAGCUCUACAAACCAGUGGUUCAGAUCCAGAUUUCACCUUCAGCAACCCGCUGAUCUGAAUGUUUCUGCUGCUUCAUGAAAACGGACAACUCAGCACAGAACAGAGCGCAGACCCUUCAGACCGCCGUCCAUCAUCUCUCUGCUCAGACGACCUUGACACAAGGAACUCCUGAUUGGUCAGAAACUCUGCAGUCUUCAUGGGUCCGUUUGGUGACAUCCAUGCUCCGCACAGGGAAAACCUGCCUCCCACUGAGAGAGUCGGGGAUUUCCAGCUGCUGCUUCCUGUAAUCCUCUUCCUGAGCGGCCGGUUCAACUGGAGCUGGAACUAAAGGGUUAAAGGCCUCUUUUCAUUAGCUUUAGAAUAAAACCUCGCCAUUCUGAGAUCUCUAUGGCCAUACUGGUAAAUUUCAUUCAAAGUAUUUAAUCUUCAUCAUCCAGGCGACCCUUGAUCCAAAUCCGAGCUUCCCGUCUCCGGGCUGAACGUUCUGAGUCGUUACAGAAGUGACUUUAUGGUUAACAUUCAGCACAGGAGCCGCGGUUAGUUUCAGGGCGUUUUCUUUCCCCCGAACAAACGCUGACAUUUGGGUUUUGCUUCGUCGUCUGGAACAGCUCCUUUUCAGGCAGAAUGUCACGUUUCUCUGGGACGAUCUGAAGCCGGGACACGUUUCCGCUGCCGUCCUAACAUUUUGUUAAGUCGAUGGAAAAACGCGCUCACCUGGGUUCCUUCAGGAAGUCGAAUCCGCUGACAUUUUCCUUCCGCCCGACGCCUCAAACCCCUCAGCCUGUAAAGUCUCUACUCGCCUGUAUCGGCAACGAUGUGUCAGCUCCGCCUGCUUUCACGUUCUAAGAUAUGCAACACGAUUAGAAAACAGGAGCGGGCGCAGAAAUAUGCAAACCAUCUUCCUUUCACUGCAGACGAUCCCAGAAACAUCCAAACGUCACAUGCUGGGGAGUUCUCAGCAAAGCGAUGAUGCUGUAAAUUAUUAUACGACUGAUGACUCUGUCUUUACGUUGGGUGCUUCAGUUUCUGGUUUUAGUUUCAGUUUUUUAUUGCAAAAAGAAAACUUUCUGAGUUUUGGACUGUUGGAAUAAAUUCAAGCCAUCGGGCAUCGUUCUCAGAGAUCACAAACUUCUACAAUCUCUCACUUUAGCUGAUUUGAAUCGUCACAUUUUCAGAGGCAAAACUGCUGCUUGGGUCUAAUACUUUUGGUCUGGUCUUCUCAUGCGUCCAGUUAACCGGACUAAGUGACUGACAACUCGAGAAAUAGAGGAUACAGGGAUACUUAAUGUCUUUUUUCCCCCCUUUUUUUAUCUUUUAUGACUAGAGUAAAAGUUGAUAAAGAACAAAGCGCUUUAAAGAAUCUGUAGUCAGUGUUAAAUGAUUCUGUCAAGGUUAAAUAAGUGACCCUAACUCCAAAAAUGACAUUUAUAACUCCAGUUUUGUCUUCUCAGGCAGUAAAUUUCCCAGAUCACAAACUUUGAUUUAAUAAAUCUCUCUUCAGAGAAAAGAGAAUUUUCUUUUUGACGUUUGAUGGGAGUAUUUUGGCUUUAAGUUGCAGAUGCAGCCCUGAUUCCUUAACAAUAAAACAAUGUACUUGCCGGUAGCCACAUGAGCAUCACGUCUGCAGACCAAAACAGUGGAUCGAAAUCCUGUUUUUCUGCUCGCCCCCAUAGAAUAAAGCAUUAUUUGUGGGAAGUAAUUCUGUUCGGGUUUGACCAGAAUUAAUGUUUUAGAUUCUUCAGUAUACGCCCUAUAGCCGUGCUGACUAACCAGCAUAAAGAAAAAUUUGUUGAAGGUUUUUUUUUUUGUUUUGUUUUGUUUUUAAAGCCUGAGGGUCCAUUCAGCUAGUCAUUCUCUGAACUCAAAUAAAUAUUUAAG